CAGCAUGAUACAAAUAAGAGGCUGACUGGAAACUUGGCCUUUUGCAGAGAAACACCUUCUCUUCACUGCCCUCAAGAUGGAGCCAAGCCUGCUGCUGUGGGGAAUCCUCACAUUCGUCGUGGUACAUGGCCACGUGACAGAACUGUGUGAUGAAAACCCGCCAGAUAUCCAACACGCCACAUUCAAAGCCCUCACAUACAAGACAGGCACCAUGUUAAAUUGUGAAUGUAAGAAGGGCUUCCGCAGAAUAAGCAACGGGUCAGCCUUCAUGCUGUGUGCAGGAAACUCGAGCCAUUCCUCCUGGGAAAACAAAUGCCGGUGCAUAAGUACCUCCCCAAAGGCCACAGAUGGACAAAUUAUCCCUAAACCUGAAGAACAGAAGGGAAAAAGCCCCACGGGAAUGCAGAGCCAAAUGCAGCCCACGGACCAAGUUAACCUUCCAGGUCACUGCAGGGAGCCUCCGCCCUGGGAACAUGAAGAUUCAAGGAGAAUUUACCAUUUUGUGGUGGGGCAGACAGUUCACUACCAGUGCAUGCAGGGAUUCAGGGCCCUGAAGAGGGGUCCUGCCAAGAGUGUCUGCAAAACGACCUGUGGGAAGGCAACGUGGACACAGCCCCGACUCCAGUGCAUAAGCGAAAGGAGUGAUGGCUGGUUUCCAGAUGACGAAGAGCCUCAAGCCAGCACUGAUGCUGCUCCUGGGAGUGACACUUCCUGUCCCUCAAUAACGGCAAGUACUACAGAUUUCCAGAGACAUACGGAAGUGGCUAUGACCACGGAGUCAUUCGUAUUCACAACCGAGUAUCAGAUAGCAGUGGCCGGCUGCGUCCUCCUGCUGAUCAGUAUCGUCCUUCUGAGCGGGCUCACCUGGCAGCGGAGAUGGAGGAAGAGUAGAAGAACAAUCUAGAAAACCAGGAGUGCUAAGAAGCCAAGAACACCUCACAGAAAUCGCGGAGCACAAGCAAAAUCAAAGAAGUUGAACACUCACCCAAGACGCAUCUCCUGUGAGAUCUCCUGGGCUUUGGAAAACUCGGAAGCCACAUGCCAGAGCCCCAGGCGCCUGCAACCUCAUUACAAAGCCAGCUCUCUAGUGCCAAUGAGUGAACUCGACCUGCUUCUGGGCAGCAAUUCUAAGGUCAUUGGAGGAACAGGGAGGGACAACCAGAACUCUAGGUCUUAUUUUCAUGUCUACAUGUUCCUUGAAGCUUGAGCACCAGGGGACUCUCUCCAUACCAUAUACAGGUUAAAGAAAAGUAGCUUCAUGUUCAUUUCAUCCAUACUUCCCAGUUUAGAAAUCCCAAGGAAAACCGUAGCAUAGAAUAUAAAUAGACACACACACACACACACACACACACACACACACACUCCUUACCCCAUGUAAUUGGACUCCCCACUGAUUGAUGCAGAUCCCUGUCCCAGCUUCUGGGUGAUUAGCCCAUUCUCCUGGCCACAUUCCGUAAUGAACACCUUCCAAGAACUCUGAACCGGUAACUCUGAAUCUUUUUGUCCUUAUCUGUGUUCUCUAAGCUAGCCUCCUUCCACUGGACCUUCUUCAAUUGUGAAUUUCUAAACAGAAGCCAUGGCAUAGUAAUCUUUGGGUAACACCAACAGAGGGCAACCGAGCCCUUCGGAUCACGGAGCUUCUGUAUUUAAAAGGAUUUUACUGGAGGUGUGCUGGAAAAGAAGGGUAAUCUAAGUCCCAGGUGAUGAACUGUAUCCAUGCCAAAGCUCUACCUGAAUAUUACUAACACGCCCCUUUAAGAUUUAGUUUCUGUGGGAUUGUUAUAAAUGAUUCUCUGAAUUUGGUCUGCAUGAAUGUGAUGUUUAGAGACAGAUGCAUGUGUGAAUGUCUACAUUUCCAAAUCAGUGUCAAUAAAAACACUGACAAGGGAUUAAAACAUCCAAUGUUUAUGGGCGGAAGGAAAGAAGAAGGAAGUGCAAAGCAGGGAGGGAGAUCAUGCUGACAGAGUGUAAUGUGGAAAAGGUCACCCCAGUUGUCCUCAAACUGUUAGCAAAUUGGUUAGCAAAUCAGCACCACCUGGAGGCCCUGUUGGACCACAGAAGGCCCAUCUCGGGUUUCUGAGGAGCAGGUCUGGGGUGGGGCCCGAAGAUGUCCUCUUCUGACAAGUUCCAGGUGCUGCUGCUGGUCUGGGGACCUCACUUUGAGAACCACCGGGUUAUAAAUCUCCAUGCCCACCCACUCUCAAAAAUCACAUGAUCAAGGAGAUUAAUGAAAGGUUAAAAAAGCAUCCAGUUUUAUUUCCGAAAGGCCAAAAAAGUGUUAUUUCAAAAUGUGGGCAGGCAUCAGCAAAUCCAUAGCCAGAUUACAGAACCAUUUUCUGCCCUUUCUAUGACUAACAAAAACGAUCCCGAUUUCAGUGUCCACAUCCUCCCUUCCCCAAAGUACAUGUUUUCUGAGUUGAGAGAAAUCCCAGGCCAGAAAAAAACAAAACUUUUUUUAGUGUUACUUAUCUUGAGUAAAAUUGAAUUAUCAUUACUCAUUUUGGGGAGGGAGAUCUAGGAGAUCAAUUUUUUUUUAUAAUAAUUAACAUGUGAUUUACCUUUUUCAUGCUCAUUCUCUUAUAAGUGUAUGGUGGAGUUUUCCAGAAACUACAUGAUACGUGAUGAUGUCAUUGCUCUGAUGUUGACAUAUAAUGAACUUAUUACUAUUGUUUAUAAGAGAACUAAUAAAUAAUAUUUUUUAAAUUUAA